AAUAUGAGAGCCACAGAAUCCAUUAUCCAAAACCAGUGUCACUUAUUUGAUAGUCAAGGCAUGGUCAAAGAAGAGAAUUCAAUUCCAUUUUAGAAAUGGCAGCCAAGCUGGCUCUGAUCUCUUCUUCUCCCACCACAAAACUUCCACUCCCAUCCUGUUCAUCACCACUUUCUCAUCUCUCUCACACUCUCAACAUUUCACCAAAGAGGACGCCUCACCAUUACAAAAUUCAUGCAAAAUUAGGUGGUGGUGAGGAAGAAGUCAAGAAGGGAGGGAAGAAAAAAUUUAUAACCAGAGAAGAAGAACCUGAGCAGUAUUGGCAAACAGCCGGAGAGAGGGAAGGUGAAAAUCCCAUGAAGACACCUCUUCCUUACAUUAUCAUAUUUGGCAUGUCAACACCUUUUGUAAUCUUAGCCAUUGGUUUUGCUAAUGGUUGGAUAAAGGUACCUGUUCGAUGAAUUUGCUUUAGGAUUGAGGGAACUGCAAAAUGAAUUUUUCUGUUUUUAUUUUUACUGCAUCGUGUCAAUAACCUUUCCACGUUCUAUGAUGUUUGUGUUCUGAGAAGAGAAUACGUAAUGACUAAAGUAACUUUUUUCUUAA